UAAAAGGCACAGACGCGCAUUAAGGCGCAUAUUUUUCAGGCGCUAUCUCAGAGCUUUGCUUCGAAGUAAAAAAUAUCCUAGAAAACACUUCUGGAAUGCAUAGAGUCAUUUGCCUGGUACUACUGUCAAGCCUUUGGAUCUUUCCCUGUGAAGGAUACGACCCUUGCUGUGCACAACCUUGUCAAAACCAGGGUGUGUGUUUGUCCAAGGGUGCUGAUGCUUAUGAGUGUGAUUGUACCAGGACUGGAUAUUAUGGCGUGAACUGCUCUACCCCUGAACUUUUCACACUCAUCAAAUCCAUACUGAAACCAAGGCCAAGCCUAGUGCAUCACUUCUUAACGCAUUAUAAAUGGAUCUGGGACAUCAUCAACAACAUUUCCUUUCUGAGAGACGCCAUAAUGCGCUAUAUCCUGACAUCUAGGUCACAUCUGAUUGACAGUCCACCAACAUACAAUGCAGAUUAUAACUACAAAAGCUGGGAAGCGUAUGCCAAUCUGUCCUAUUACACCCGCAGUCUUGCACCACUGCCCAAGAACUGCCCUGCACCUGAUCUCCCUAAUGCAAAGCAGGUGGUGGAGAAGGUGCUCUUAAGGAAACAAUUCAUCCCUGAUCCACAGAGGACCAGUCUUAUGUUUGCUUUCUUUGCCCAGCAUUUCACUCACCAGUUCUUCAAGACUGAUUUUAAAAAAGGACCAGCCUUCACCAAAGCCCUGGGUCAUGGAGUGGAUUUGGGGCAUAUUUAUGGAGAGACAUUGGAGAGACAACACAAACUUCGCCUAUUUAAAGAUGGCAAGCUGAAGUAUCAGGUUGUAGAUGGUGAGGUGUACCCUCCUCUAGUGAAGGAUGUCCAGGUGGAGAUGCAUUACCCUCCUCACGUCCCAGAGGAACAAAAAUUUGUUGUGGGCCAUGAGGCCUUCGGUCUGGUUCCAGGUUUGAUGAUGUAUGCUACUAUUUGGCUGCGCGAGCACAAUCGUGUCUGCGAUAUCAUGAAGCAAGAGCAUCCUGAUUGGGACGAUGAGAGAAUCUUCCAAACCACCCGACUCAUCCUGAUUGGUGAGACCAUUAAAAUUGUUAUUGAGGACUAUGUUCAGCACCUGAGUGGCUACCACCUCAAGCUCAAGUUUGACCCAGAGCUUCUCUUCAAUCAACGCUUCCAGUAUCAGAAUCGCAUUGCGGCCGAAUUCAACACUCUUUAUCACUGGCACCCACUGAUGCCCGACAGCUUUCAGAUCCAGGAUCAGGUCUAUGGCCACCACCAGUUUGUAUUUAACAACUCCAUUGUUACAGAACAUGGCAUCAGCAACCUGGUGGAGUCCUUCACCAAGCAGAGGGCUGGACGGGUUUCUGGUGGAUGGAACCUGCCAGUUGCAGUGCAAGGAGUUGCUAUUAAAGCUCUCGAGCACUCCAGAGCGAUGCGCUACCAGUCUUUCAAUGCUUACAGAAAACGUUUCAACAUGAAGCCCUACUCCUCCUUUGAGGAGAUGACAGGAGACAAGGAUCUAGCAUCCGAACUGGAGAAGCUGUAUGGUCAUGUAGAUGCAGUUGAGCUGUAUCCUGGUCUUCUUGUGGAGAAGCCCAGGCCCAACGCUGUAUUUGGGGAGACAAUGGUGGAAAUGGGAGCCCCCUACUCUCUCAAAGGCCUCAUGGGAAAUGCUAUUUGUUCUCCUGAAUACUGGAUGCCCAGCACAUUUGGUGGGAAAGUGGGAUUUGACAUUGUUAACACUGCCUCAUUAAAGAAGCUUGUGUGCUUAAACAUCAAUGGACCCUGUCCAAUGGUGUCUUUUCAGGUGCCUGAUUUGAAAUAUCAGAGUUCAGAAAACGUUAAUUCAAGCACAGUGCAAUCCACGCAAAAUAAUAUUAAUCCAACUGUUAUCUUGAGAGAGCGGAGUUCAGAGAUCUGUCGUUUCUAUCAUCAGGUCUUCAAAGAGGAUUCCAGGGAAAUCAUGUCAACUGAGAAUGAGGAACUACCAGCAACACAAACAGGGCCCAAAGGGGUGAUCCAUGACUGGAGAAAGUUCAAACUGGAGAGUGAGGAUCAUGAAAGCAUCCCUCCAAACAAAAGAGAGCUCCUCAGACAGAUGUCCAACCCCAAAUCUAACAAUGAUGACACGCGGGAAAAACUCAAUCGCAAGAUGAGUGUUCAGGAAUACGAGAUGAUCCAAGAGGAGGAUGAGAGGUGUCUGCGUAAGUAUCGCAAGCAAUGUAUGCAAGAGAUGCAUGAGCGCCUAAGCUUCGGGCCCAAGUUCGAUGCCGUAUUUGAGUUGGAUAGUGGCGAGGCCUUCAUGGAUGUCAUUGAGAAAGAGCAUCGCUUGACUCUUGUGGUGGUGCACAUCUACGAUGAUGGGAUUAAAGGUUGUGACGCACUUAACAACUGCCUGACCUGCCUGGCAGCAGAGUAUUCCAGCGUCAAAUUCUGCCGAAUUCAGGCCUCUGUCACAGGUGCGGGUGAGCGCUUUUCAGGCGACGUUCUGCCCGCCCUGCUGGUGUACAAGGCUGGAGAGCUGCUGGGCAACUUCCUGUGCUUUACAAAGCACCUAAACGAGGAGUUCUUUGCCACUGAUGUGGAGAACUUCCUAAAUGAGUACGGUCUUCUACCAGAAAAAGAGUUUGCUCCCUGUCACGAUGAGGAAGAGAAUGCUGAUGUGGAAUGAUCCAGGUGGAAGUGUCGCUAAUCAACAAGUGAGGGCUGUCAUACUUGUUUCAGAGAUAGAUCCAGUAAUGAUGUUGUGAAGUCUAAUAGGCUGUGACUUCAACAAUUACCCAUUUACCCCACACAUGCACACAUCAAGGCAUUUACUUACAUUCAGCAUGAGAUCUAAAACAGCUGAAAUACAUCACAGUGUAUUAAGGCUCACAGUUAUGCUCGUUUUUAUUUGCAGAGAAGGUGAGAAGCCACCAUCAUUUUUUCAGUGUGCUUACUUGUCACACAGAGCUCACAGUGACACUGUACUUGUCAUUUCUAUUGUGCAUCAAGCCAUUAUCUGCUUUGUGAAUAAAAGAUAUCACAAAAUCGACACAAAAGGCAAACAACA